AUCAAGUGACAAGUGGGGGGUUCGUGCGGAGUCCACCAGCGAAGAAUCCUGAUCGGCGUCGUCCUCUCCGCCUCCGGUGCCAACACGCCUGAAAUCCUCUCCAACCUCUCCCGCACCUUCUCUCCUGCCCGCCGACGGUCACCAUCUGGAUUUGCUGCUCGCCCCCAUCGCACAAGAGCCCUCCACCUAGUUCGCGGGGCGGGCUCGGAGGAGAGUGAGCGAUGGCUCACCAGGUGCUCCUCGGUACCCUGCGCGCCAACGUGCUCACCAAUCCCACCCGCGCCGGCGGAGGCGGCCGCGCAGCGUCUCCAGGAUCGUCCGCAAGAAUAGGCAGAGGGCGAUUUCCGGUGGCAGCCAUCUCAGAUGAUUAUCUUCCGAUGCGAAGUACUGAAGCGAAAAAUCGGACAUCAAAAGAUGACAUCACAAGCCUCAGACUAAUCACAGCGGUCAAAACCCCCUAUUUACCAGAUGGGAGAUUUGAUCUUGAAGCAUAUGAUUAUUUGAUAAACAUGCAGAUAGAAGGUGGUGCUGAAGGUGUAAUAGUUGGAGGAACAGCAGGAGAGGGUCACCUCAUGAGUUGGGAUGAGCACAUCAUGCUCAUUGGGCAUACUGUCAACUGCUUCAGCACUAGAAUUAAAGUGAUUGGGAACACAGGAAGUAACUCAACCAGAGAGGCCGUUCAUGCGACAGAGCAGGGAUUUGCCGUCGGCAUGCAUGCAGCUCUUCACAUUAAUCCUUACUAUGGGAAGACCUCAACUGAAGGAAUGAAAGCUCAUUUCAAGGCUGUCCUCCCGAUGGGUCCAACCAUCAUUUACAAUGUUCCAUCGAGAACAGGACAGGAUAUUCUUCCUCCAGUUAUCGAGGACCUUUGGGGUCAUCCAAACAUGGCAGGUGUGAAAGAAUGUGUCGGACAUGAGAGGGUCAAGUGCUAUACUAACAAAGGUAUUUCAGUAUGGAGUGGCAAUGAUGAUGAAUGCCAUGAUUCAAGGUGGAAAUAUGGCGCCACUGGAGUUAUGUCUGUGACUAGCAACCUUGUUCCUGGUCUCAUGCGCAGUCUCAUGUAUGAAGGGGAGAAUGCGACUCUAAAUGAGAAGCUGUUGCCUCUGAUAAAAUGGUUAUUUUGUGAGCCAAAUCCGAUUCCUCUCGACACUGCUCUGGCUCAGCUCGGGGUUGCAAGGCCAGUUUUGAGAUUGCCAUACAAGGCUCUUGCUCUUGAGAAGAGGGUUGAGUUUGUCCGGAUUAUUGAAGCUAUUGGACGGGAACACUUUAUUGGAAAUAGAGAGGCAAGGGUUCUCGAUGACGACGAUUUCAUCCCAAUCUGUCGGUAAAUACAUGAGUUGUCUUGAUGAAUGAAAGCAGUGUUUUAGUAUGAUUGAUUGCCCUUGUCCUUGUGGUUAUUUUAGCACUUUCUGUUCAUCCUUGGUUGAUUUAUCUGUAAAAUAGAACCGGAAUUGGGUUCCUUUGUCAUAUACAGUACGGUUAUGAAAACAGGAAGAAUUAACCAGUGUCACUGUGAAUAGUGAUCUGGAUAAGUUCAUUUUGUUGAGUGAAUGACCCAGAGAGAAGGAAACUUACA